AUGGCCCUUCAGGUCCAGCUCAAGGCCCCCAACGGCGUGGAAUUCACCCUUCCCACCGGUCUCUUUAUCAACAAUGAAUUCGUCAAGUCGACUUCAUCUCAGCGCAUCACCAGCAUCAGCCCAAGCACCGGCGAAGACAUCUGCUCAGUAGAAGCCGCCUCCGCGCAAGACAUUGACCGCGCCGUCUCCGCCGCCCGCGCAGCAUUCAACAACCCCUCAUGGCGAGACAUCACGGGCGGUGCUCGCGGCGCACUCAUGCACAAGCUCGCCGACCUGAUUGAGCAGCACCAGCGCGUGCUCGCCACCAUUGAGACCUGGGACAACGGCAAGCCCUACUCCGUCUCCUUCAACGAGGACCUCAACGAGGUGAUUGGCUGUCUGAGGUACUACGCCGGCUGGGCGGACAAGAUCCACGGGCAGACCAUCCCGACCACCACCGCCAAGUUUGCCUACACGCUCAAGCAGCCUGUUGGUGUUUGCGCCCAGAUCAUCCCCUGGAACUAUCCGCUUGCCAUGGCGGCGUGGAAGCUCGGUCCUGCGCUCGCCACGGGGAACUGUAUCGUCAUGAAGCCUGCUGAGCAGACGCCCCUGUCUAUACUGUACUUGGCGGACUUGGUUCGCCAGGCUGGCUUCCCUCCUGGUGUGCUGAACAUUGUGAAUGGGUUCGGGAGGGAUGCUGGCUCUGCGCUGGCUUCUCACCCGGGCAUCAACAAGAUUGCGUUUACUGGUUCCACCCUCACUGGCCGCGAGAUCAUGAAGACAGCUAGUAUUAGCAUGAAGAACAUUACGCUGGAGACGGGCGGCAAGUCGCCGCUGUUGGUGUUUGGCGACGCUGAUAUCGAACAGGCUGCCAAGUGGGCGUACGUCGGCAUCAUGAGCAACCAGGGACAAGUAUGCACAGCCACGUCCAGACUGCUGGUGCAGAAGUCCAUUGUCGACAAGUUCAUCAAGGCGUUUUUAGACGUCGUUAAAACUUCUGUGGUUAUUGGUGACCCCUUUGCAGAGGAGACCACCCAUGGACCUCAGGUCUCUCAGGCGCAGUACGACAAGAUCCUGUCGUAUAUUGAUAGCGCCAAGGGACAGGGCGCGAAGCUAGAAACGGGGGGUUUGUCUGCGCAAAAGACCGCCGGCAAGGGUAAGGGCUACUUUAUCGAGCCGACUGUCUUUUCCAAUGUCAGCAAGGACAUGAGCGUGUUUAAGGAGGAGGUCUUUGGGCCCUUGGUCACCAUCACCCCCUUUGAGGAGGAGGCCGAUGCUGUGGCUCUAGCUAACGACUCCAUCUACGGUCUGGCUGCUGCUGUUUUCAGUCAGAAUAUCGAGCGUGCGCACAGAGUAGCUGCUGCUCUGGAAGCCGGCAUGGUCUGGGUCAACUCGUCUAAUGACUCGGAGAUUCAGGUCCCCUUUGGUGGUGUCAAGCAGAGUGGUAUUGGCCGUGAGUUGGGCGAGGCUGGUCUUGCUGCUUACACUGAGACCAAGGCCAUUCACGUCAACUUGGGUUCAAAAUUGUAA